AUGAAGAGAAGGAAAAAAAAAAAUGUUAAAAAUUCCGCUCUAACUUUAAUAUAUAGCAUCGACAAUUUCUUUAAGGGUUUGUUUUUUUUUAUUAUUAUUAUUCUUUUAUUCUAUUUUAAUGCUAAGAUUAAGAGUACUUUCAUGAUGAACACAGAGGAAACAUUACUAAUAACACAAGUCGAUCACUACGAUGCAAUCAUCAAUGACGAUGAGAUUAAAGAGGGUGACAUCACUACAUCACUGGAAUUGAAACAUCUUACUAUAUCUACCUUACCAUUGGUGCUUGCAUUCCUUCUACAAUAUGUUUUUUCAAUAACUUCUGUUUAUUCUGCAGGUCAGUUAGGUGCCAAAGAGUUGGCUGCGUGUUCGUUGGCCAUUUGCACCUUUAAUAUCACAGGGUUGGCUAUUUUCCAGGGUAUGGCUACCAGUUUGGAUACAUUUUGUUCCCAGGCUUAUGGAUCGGGAAACAAGACUAUGGUGGGUAUUUAUUUCCAGAGAGGAUCAUUAUUAAUGUUGAUGGUUAUGGUUCCCUUGACUAUUUUGUGGUGGUUCUCUGGUCUGGUUUUGAAGUUCUUGGUUCCUGACCCAGAAUUGGUCUCUAUGACCCAAUUUUUCCUUAGAAUACAUAUCUUGGGUGUUCCUGGUUUGAUUUUCUUUGAAAGCGGUAAAAGAUUUUUACAAGCCCAACAUAUUUUCCAGGCCAGUACAUAUAUUUUGAUGGUUACUUUUCCAGUGAAUUUAGUUUUGAACUGGUGGUUAGUUUGGAAUGAUGAGACGAGUAUUGGGUACAUGGGUGUUCCCGUGGCUAUUGCUAUCACUUAUUGGAUUAUAGCGCUCUUGAUGUUGUUGUAUGUCAUUUUUAUUGAUGGAAUGGAAUGUUGGGGAGGGAUUGAAUGGGAAAAAGCAUGUAGUAAUUGGAAACCAAUGCUUUCGUUAGCUAUUCCUGGGGUUGUUAUGGUUAUUUCUGAUUUCUUAGCCUUUGAGAUAUUGACCAUUUUUGCAUCUAGAUUUGGUACCGAAGCAUUAGCUGCUCAGUCUAUUGUUUCGAAUAUCGCAACAUUGUGCUUUCAAGUUCCGUUUGCAUUUGCUGUUGCCAUUAGUACCAGAAUGGGGCACUUGAUUGGAGAUGAAAACAUUUCUGGUGCCAAAGUUGUUAAUGGUUUAACAGUUAUUAUUGGUGGUACUAUUGGAGUUGCAAGUUUUAUGUUGAUGUAUUUCGGAAGAAAAGUUUUGGCCAGCUUCUUUACCAAUGAUGAAAAGGUGUUGACUAUUGCAUCAAGCUUGCUUUUCUUAGCAGGAAUUAAUCAAAUUUCUGAUGCAUUGAAUGUUGUUGGUACUGGUGUUUUACGAGGACAAGGAAGACAAAGAAUUGGUUCCAUUUUGAAUAUAAUCUCAUACUACUUUCUUGCCAUACCGUUGGGAUAUGUUCUUGCAUUUAAAUUGAACAUGGAAAUGAGUGGUUUGUGGAUUGGUUUGAUUAUUGGUGUUAUGACCCUUGCAAUUGCCCAAUGUACUGCAAUUUGUCUUAGUAAUUGGACAAAAAUAGUAGAGCAUUCACAUAGAAUACAUGACAGUGUAUAG